AAAAGAAGAAGAAAUUUAUUUUGAUUGAAAAAGAGGCAAUAAAUAGAGUAAUCAAAUUGUUAUUUUUAAAGUUAUCGAAUCUAUUGUGUAUUUUUUAUUUAAGCAGCUUGUUUAUACCACAAAAUGUUUCGUUCUGAUGCAAAUAUAAAACUAAAUGAUGACAUCAUUCUUGAUAUCGACUUGAUAACACUAGAUAUUAUCCCGUACAUUGAAAAAGAAAUAGAUCCUUGUGACUUAAUAUCAAUCGUAUUUCUUCUUUAUGAUACACCAGACACAGCAUUACAGCGACUUACUAUAUAUCAAAGAAUUUCAAGGGAUCUAAGCAGCGACUCAAAUCUGUUACUUGAGUGGGCUCGACAUGCACAAAGUCAGUCUACUUGGAAGAAGAAGUUACUGGAAGCAUUAUACAGUUGUCAACUUUAUUCUAUUAUUAGAAAAAUUGGACUCCAUGUGAAUGCAGUUAAAAAACACUAUAUCACUACUAACGAAACUUUACUAAAUCCUAUGAAGAAAACCUUAUACAAAUUAUGUGAGGCAAUGAAAAUUGAGGACCUACAUAAAUUAAAAAAAACCUUAAUUACAUAUGAGAUUGAUACAACUGACUAUGAAACAUGUGAAUUAAUAAUAUUACAUUUGAUGUGCCAGAAAUUUAUCUCUAUAAAUAUGAAUAAUGGCAAGUUUGACAUUAGCAUCGAAAAUCUAGCAACAAUCCUUGAUAACUUUAGUGAAUUGCAGGGAUUUUCUAAUGAGAUGAGAAAAAUUGAAUUUAGUUACAACAAUAUUAAUAAUCCUAUAAAAACAAAACAAACUAUCAUAGAUCCUCCCCAACCACUAAUAGCAGAUGAAAAAUCUUUAAAAGAGAAGGAGUGCUAUAAAGAUAUUAAAGACAUAUUUGAAAUGUUGGAUGAUUUAAAGUUAGAAGACAUACCAGAAGAUAAUUUUAAAUCCGAUACCAUAACUCUUGGAAACGAUGCAUACCCAAUAUUAAAUCCUAAAGCUCUCGGAAUAUGCCUUAUAAUAAAUCAAGAAAAAUUUUAUCCAUCUAAGCAAAGUAUUGAAAGUAUCGGACAAGCUAUACUGUUAGAAAAUCGGCAUGGUUCAACAAAAGAUAAAAUUAACUUAUCAGAAACUAUGAAAAAACUCAACUUUGAAGUUGUGUCUCAUGACAAUCUUAAUCAUAUAGAAAUGCUGAAUUGCAUUAAAUCUGUACUUCGAACAAAAGUUAGCAAGGAACAUAGCAUGUUCAUGUUGUGUAUUCUCUCUCAUGGCACAAAAGGAAAUGUAUAUGCUGCUGAUUCUGUAAAAAUAAAAGUUGAAGAUAUUGAAAGUUUACUUGAUUCAGAUGAUGUUGUGCACCUACGAAAUAAGCCAAAAAUAAUGAUCUUACAAGCUUGCCAAACAAAUGAUGACCAACCAUCAUACUCUCCCUUAGUGGCUGAUAGUCCUAAAUCAAGUUUUAAAUACUACAUAAAAAAAUCUGAUAUAUUAAUAUACUGGGCUACUGCACCUAGUUAUGAAGCUUACAGACAUGUGACAAUGGGCUCUAUAUUCAUACAAAUGUUAUGUGCUGCAAUCAAAAAGUACGCAAAGAAAGAACAUCUUAAUGAUUUGUUUACAAAAGUAAAUUAUGUUGUGCGAAAAAUGUGUGUUACUUUAAAACGCGAUCAGUUACCCAAAGUAGAGCAUACACUUAUAAAAAAAUUGUAUCUUCAAAUACCUGAAAAAUAAACAGGAA